AUGAGCAACUCGACAUUAUACGGAUUAUGUCCGACUCCCUUUUACCAGGAGUCCCUGUUCCCGUCUACCGGUGGAUUCAUUGAUGGACGUUACUGUGAAACACUCUCCACGACAGGAGGCAACAUCUCUUGCUGUCUGCCAUGUCCGUUGGCAUCAUGGACAUACGGUGAUGAUUUGAUCCACAAAACCGAGGCCGCAGGCUGGCUCGGAGUCGCGAUUCUGCCUCUUUGUAUCUUCCUCCUGAUCUCAUAUGCGGUUCUUCCUGCCAAAUGGACGAAUCGGCACUAUCUGAGUAUUUGUUUCACGCUGGGAAUCUGCUGCAUUGAGAUUGCUUUUAUCAUCCCUCUCGGGAUCAAGCCGGAGCAGUGUCAUAACGCAAUCACGCCGAAUGACAUGUACUCGGAUAUAUCGUGUGCAUUUACCGGCUCAUUACUGCUGUUUGGCGGCUGGGUCGCUGUCACAUUCAGUUUUAUCCGUACUCUGGCUUUCCACCUGCAAGUGUGUUGGGAGGUGAUUCUCGGGAGGAAGUUCAUGUGGAGCGCAUUCGUCUUCGGUUGGGGCAUCCCGGUCAUUGGACUGACCGUCAUGCUGUGCUUGACGGGGGUGUCGUACCGGUUCGGAGGGACGUGCCAUAUCAAUGUCCACCACAGCAACCAGGAUUAUUGGGCGCCCGUGAUGGCCUUCGCCGCGGCCGCGCUGGUCCUGCAGUUGGCCACGAUGCUGUACUGCAUCCACGUCUACGUCAAAUCCGUCUUCGACAAGAACCCGACGACCAACAGCUCGGGGCUUCCCUCCUACAGCGCCAGCGUGCGCACCAUGACCGCCCGGCAGGCGUACCGUCGCAUCCGACGCGUCAUCCAGCUCCAGUGGCGCAGCAUCACCCUGGUCCUGGUCAUCAUCGGCAAUGUCAUCUUCUUCGCGGUCGUCUUCAUCAAGAUGGACAACAAACUGACCCCGACCCCUGCCAACGCCGAGCGGGCCCUCCCCUGGCUAGAGUGUCUGGUCACCACCGGGGGCCACAAGCCGGACUGUUUCUCGCAGCUGAGCGGCGUGAUGCCCAACCAGGCGACCCUCCUGGCCGUGCUCAUCCUGCUGUCGCUCGUCGGCUUCUGGAACUUCAUCUUGUUCGCGCGCCCCUCGAUGUUUUUGGGAUGGGCCGACCUCUUCAAGACCAAAGUCACCCACCCCCACGAGUUCGUCUCCGUAGACGCCCGCCGCACCCCGGACUCGCGCGCCUACGAGAUGCUGGACAGCUCCGGCCUCCCCGCUUUCAAUAAGACCCCGGCGCCGGUGACGGUGACCACCAUCCGCUCGCCGAGCCCCGCCCGCACCUCCGGCGCCCGGAGCCCCGAGAACGACCUUUACAAUGGCCGUGAGGCGCGCUACGUGAGCCCGACGAUGAGUUUCUCCUCGCCGCGACCGCCGAGUGCCUCGCAGGCCCACGGCCGCGAGUGGGAUCCGCAGGCGACCUAUGCGCCCGGACACACACAUAAUGGAUCACAGUGA